GAAAUACAUGUUUUUAGAACGUCAGUGAAGUUUACAUUUGUUUUCAAAUGCAUGGAAAACUUUCUUUUAAUAGUUAGAAAUAAAAUUCUAUUUAAACAUUUUCAACGAAUGUUUAUUUUGAAAAAUAGCUGAUAAAGUAUAUAACAGUUAUGGGUGAGGAGAGUGCAAAUAAUAUUCAUCAGAGUGCUUUAAAGUUAGUCAAAGACAUACAUUAUGGGAAGCUCACGGGUACUUAUAAUAUUGUCGUGGCAACGAUUCGAAUACUGAAAGAAAUAAUUAGUACAACAGAAUGGGAUACGGCAAAACAACUUAUGGAAUUGAUAGUAUUAAAUGGGAAAUAUAUUGUCAACGCCAUUCCUCUAGAGGCAUCAAUUGGUAAUAUGGUUAGAAGAAUACUUCAAAUAAUUAGAGAAGAGUAUACAUCAGAAUUGAAAAAUAAACCUGAAGAUGUAGAUGCUCAAGAGUCACUUCAUAAAAUUAUUACUUCUGGGAAGGACCAAGAUAUUGACUUUAAUCUCUCUGUACCUUCUUUAAAAGAAGCUUUAAUUGAGCAUAUCGAUGAGUUUGAAGUUGAAUUAGAAACAUGCUCGGAAAACAUUACACAACAAGCAUCAGAACAUAUUCACUCAAAUGAAAUUAUCAUGACACUUGGGAGAUCUAAAAUGGUUGAAGAAUUUUUCAAGAAGGCUGCAGAAACGAGAACAUUCGAAGUAAUUGUAGCUGAAGGAGGUCCAUUUUUAGGGGGACAUGAGAUGGCAUCAAAUCUAGCAAAACAUAAAAUAAAAACAACUUUAAUAUCAGAUGUUGCUAUUUUUGCUAUGAUGUCUCGAGUAAAUAAAGUAAUAAUUGGUACCCAUACUGUGAUGGCAAAUGGAGGAUUAAGAGCUCUUACUGGAUCUAGAACAGUUGCGCAGGCUGCUGAACAUUAUUCCGUUCCGGUGAUGGUUUUAUUGCCUCCAUAUAAACUCUCACCCUUAUAUCUCUGUUCUUAUGAACAGAAUGCUUUUAAUAAACACAUUGCACCCGUUCAAGGAGUUAUUGAUGGUGCCAACGCAGCUCUUUUGGAGAGAAUUCAAACUCAUAAUCCUGUUUUUGAUUAUGUGCCUCCUGAAUUAGUUGAUUUAUUUAUUACAAAUACUGGCGGCAAUGCACCUUCUUAUAUUUAUCGAUUCCUGACUGAACUUUAUCAUCCGGAUGAUUAUGAAUUGUAAUAAAACAUCCAGGAAUUUAUGAAAUUGACAAAAAGAAAAUUGUAAUUUAU